UGUGGUGUGAGCGCACUUGCGGCCCGGACCUGAGCCGGCAUCACCCGCAGGACGCCGGGCGCCUCCCUGCGGCCCGGGCGCACGUGCCAGGUCUGGGUCAGGGCUGGUGGCCCGCCGUAGUAGCCGGGGCGGGUGGGAGCGCUGGCUCCGGGCAGCGGCCGCCGCCCGCCCGCCGGCUCCCGCGGUUGGGCGGAGGAAGCGCGGGACUCCUCCUCCCCACCGUAUUAACAUGCACCCAGGGGCGGGUGACCAGCCCAGCCUCGCCGCCCCAGUCCGCCGCGUCCCGGCGCUCAGCCGCCGCGCCAGAGGCGAGCGCUGCGCUCCGCGCCCCGCAGUCCCGAGGACACUGCCUCUCUGACAUCUCCGGCCCGGGGGAAUCGGCGGCAUCCGCGGCGGGAGCGGCCGUAGCCCCCUCGGCUCCUCACUCGAGUCCUUCCCAUCGCCUCGCUGGGAUCCUGUCCCGGCCACGGGGACACCUCUUUCGUCCUUCCUCCGAGGCUCGCGGGACCGACGGACGGCCGCGGCGACCGAGGGCCAAACUGCGGGCAGUGGCAAGCACACAGUGAAUGGUGCUUUUGAGCGCCUUCUGUGAUAACCAUUCACACCUUUUCCGGGGACACUUUCUUAAAAGAACCAGCAAGCAUCCAGCUUACUGAGAGAUAAACGCAGAUUCAUGGAGUUGUUGCAGAACAGAUACCUCUUGUCUCACUAAGACUGGAACAGUUGAGCAUCACAUACCAAGAGGGACAUCGGGUUAAAAAAAAAAGAAAACUGCAACGUUUGGAUCUUUUCCUGCUUUAGAAGCAAGAAGAAUGGAAAAUUGAUAAUCAAAGGUCCUUGCGGGAGACGGGUCUGGAACCUAACCACCGGGUGUCCAUGACCCCCGUGGCUGCGCCCCAUCAGCGAUGAAAGGGUUAUCGGGCAGCCGCAGCCAUCACCACGGAGUCACCUGCGAUUCGGCCUGUGACUCGCUGUCGCACCACGCAGACCGCAAGCCAUACCUGCUGAGCCCGGUGGAGCACCACCCGGCCGACCACCCCUACUACACUCAGCGUACCUCCUUCCAGGCCGAGUGCGUGGGCCCCUUCAGCGACCCGCUGGCCAGCAGCACCUUCCCGCGCCGGCACUACACCUCGCAGCAGGAGCUGAAGGACGAGUGCGCCCUGGUGCCUCGCACCCUGGCCACCAAGGCCAACCGCAUCCCCGCCAACCUCCUGGACCAGUUUGAGAGGCAGCUGCCUCUCAACAGGGAUGGCUACCACACAUUGCAGUACAAGCGCACGGCCGUGGAGCACCGCAGCGAUAGCCCAGGCCGCAUCCGCCACCUGGUCCACUCGGUCCAGAAACUCUUCACCAAAUCGCACUCCCUGGAGGGGCCGUCCAAGGGCAGCGUCAACGGGGGCAAGGCCAGCCCCGACGAGACGCAGACUGUGAGGUACGGCAAGCGCAGCAAGAGCAAGGAGCGCCGCCCCGAGCCCAAGCCCCGCAACAACGCUUCCCCAGGCUGGUGGAGCUCCGAAGACAACCUCGACGGCGACAUGUGCAUCUACCACGCCCCCUCGGGCGUGAUGACCAUGGGCAGGUGCCCCGACCGCUCGGCCUCCCAGUACUUCAUGGAGGCCUACAACACCAUCAGCGAGCAGGCUGUGAAGGCCUCCCGGAGUAACAACGACGUCAAGUGCACCACCUGUGCCAACCUGCCCGUCACCCUAGACGCGCCGCUGCUGAAGAAGAGCGCCUGGUCCUCCACGCUGACCGUGAGUCGAGCCCGAGAGGUUUACCAGAAAGCCUCGGUUAACAUGGACCAGGCCAUGGUGAAGUCAGAGUCGUGUCAACAGGAACGUUCCUGCCAGUACCUUCAGGUCCCUCAGGAUGAAUGGACAGGGUACACCCCUCGAGGUAAAGAUGAUGAAAUUCCCUGCCGCAGAAUGCGGAGCGGCAGUUACAUCAAGGCCAUGGGAGAUGAAGACAGCGGGGACUCGGACACCAGCCCCAAGCCUUCUCCCAAAGUUGCUGCGCGAAGGGAAAGCUAUCUCAAGGCUACUCAGCCAUCCCUUACAGAACUCACCACACUCAAGAUUUCCAAUGAGCACUCCCCCAAACUCCAGAUCCGGAGUCACAGUUACUUGAGGGCGGUCAGUGAGGUCUCCAUCAACCGAAGCCUAGACAGCCUUGACCCUGCGGGCCUGCUCACAUCACCAAAGUUCCGCUCCAGGAAUGAGAGCUACAUGCGAGCCAUGAGCACCAUCAGCCAGGUGAGCGAGAUGGAGGUGAACGGGCAGUUCGAGUCGGUGUGCGAGUCGGUGUUCAGCGAGCUGGAGUCACAGGCAGUGGAGGCCCUGGACCUGCCGAUGCCCGGCUGCUUCCGCAUGCGGAGCCACAGCUACGUGCGCGCCAUCGAGAAGGGCUGCUCGCAGGACGACGAGUGCGUGUCGCUGAGGUCUUCCUCCCCGCCGCGUACCACCACCACCGUGAGGACCAUCCAGAGCAGCACGGGUGUCAUAAAACUGAGUUCUGCAGUUGAAGUGUCAUCUUGCAUUACAACAUAUAAGAAGACACCACCUCCAGUCCCACCCAGAACUACCACGAAACCUUUCAUUUCUAUCACAGCCCAGAGUAGCACAGAGUCGGCCCAGGACGCCUACAUGGAUGGACAGGGCCAGCGAGGGGAUAUUAUCAGCCAGUCUGGACUGAGCAACUCCACGGAGAGCCUGGACAGUAUGAAGGCUCUGACAGCCGCCAUAGAAGCCGCCAAUGCCCAGAUCCACGGCCCAGCAAGUCAACACAUGGGCAACAAUGCUGCCACCAUCACCACCACCACCACCGCCAUGGCCACCAUCACUGCAGAGGACAGGAAGAAGGACCACUUCAAGAAGAAUCGAUGCCUGUCCAUUGGGAUACAGGUGGAUGAUGCUGAGGAACCUAACAAAACAGGGGAAAAUAAAGCACCCAGUAAGUUCCAGUCCAUAGGAGUGCAAGUAGAAGAAGAGAAAUGCUUCCGCAGGUUCACUCGAUCCAACAGUGUGACGACGGCCGUGCAGGCCGACCUGGACUUCCACGAUAACCUGGAGAACUCUCUGGAGUCUAUAGAGGACAAUUCAUGCCCCGGCCCGGUGGCCAGACAGUUCUCCCGGGACGCCAGCACCUCCACGGUCAGCAUCCAGGGCUCAGGAAACCACUACCACGCCUGCGCGGCCGACGAGGACUUCGAUGCGGAUUUCGACCCUUCCAUUCUGCCGCCCCCAGACCCCUGGAUUGACUCAAUCACCGAAGACCCCCUGGAGGCCGUGCAGAGGUCAGUGUGCCACCGGGACGGCCACUGGUUUCUGAAGCUUCUCCAGGCGGAGCGGGACCGCAUGGAAGGGUGGUGUCAGCAGAUGGAGAGAGAAGAGCGCGAGAACAGCCUGCCCGAGGACAUUCUAGGGAAAAUCCGAACUGCAGUUGGCAGUGCCCAACUUCUUAUGGCCCAGAAAUUCUACCAGUUCAGAGAACUGUGUGAAGAAAACCUGAAUCCCAGCGCUCAUCCAAGGCCCACCUCCCAGGAUUUGGCGGGGUUCUGGGACAUGCUGCAGUUGUCCAUAGAAAAUAUUAGUAUGAAAUUUGAUGAACUUCAUCAGUUAAAGGCCAAUAAUUGGAAACAGAUGGAUCCUCUUGACAAGAAGGAGCGAAGGGCCCCUCCUCCAGUGCCCAAGAAGCCGGCGAAGGGCCCCGCGCCGCUGAUCCGGGAGCGCUCGCUGGAGAGCUCGCAGCGCCAGGAGGCCCGCAAGCGCCUGAUGGCCGCCAAGCGCGCCGCGUCCGUCCGCCAGAACUCGGCCACCGAGAGCGCCGAGAGCAUCGAGAUCUACAUCCCCGAGGCGCAGACCCGGCUCUGAGGCCCCCGGCCGCCGCGCCCCCGGCCGCCUCCUCCCCGGCGCCCGCCCUUCGCCUUCUUGGCCCGCCCACCCGUGUAGACGCGGCCCCUCUAGGUCACCCGCCAUCCUCCGUUCUCUCGAGCUUGUCUGUCCUUAGAUUCCAGCAAUAUCGAACCAUAGGGUAUCUCAGAAAUCCAGGAUCCCGGGGUGGGGGGGUCCCCAGGGGGGUGGUCCCCUCGGGACCUCGCGGACUUCCACCCGAAAGAAACUAGGAAACUAGGGCUCCGAUCCCCCUGAUUUCCCCGACACGCUUCCUAUUUGGGCAAGCAGAUGGAACACUUGAUUUCCAACCUCAGAAAUCACACACCCUGUCACCGGAGUCGGGAAGUGACACACCGAGAGGGGACGCAGAGGGGCUGGGGGGCGGGGGACCAGGAUGCGGAGUGGGGGAAAGAGAAGCAAACCCUGCGGGUGCCGGGGGUACCUGCGUCGCUCACAGCUGCAAAACUGCCUCACUCUUGUGUCAUCAGUCACUGCUUCAGAUGUCUCAAUCAGCAGAAGAUUGUCAAUCCGAUCUUUCAGGGAUAUCCAUCUAUUCUGAAAGGCAAUAAAAUGAAGAUAGGCAAGGCAAGACAAAGGAAGCACUGCUAGUUUAAAAGACUACAUAAGGGAUUUUUUCUUUUGUCCUAUUCUUAAGAAAAGUUACACCUGAAGUGUUUUAUCAGCUUUUCUUGUACUAUGUAUAUUAUAUUGUUGUGAUGGUGGUGGUGGGGUCUUUAGGGGAAAGUGUUGGUUCUAUUAAUUUGUUAGUGUCCAUCCUGGGGGCCUACCUAAUUACACAGAGCUAAGUACAUCUCUGCUUACGGAGUGCUGUACAUGGCAGCCGGGCUGCUUUCUGCGAAAAGUUGGGAUUUUCCUAGCAUCCCCUUGGAAUGCUACACAUCCGUCUCUUUUAACCCAGUAGUUCAUACGGCAGACGUCUGUCUUCAUCAGUCUUUUCUCACUGCUCCACAGUCCCAACACACCCCCGAAUAAGGAUUUUGUCCUGUGUCAAACCGGUAAAAUAAGCUUUCUGUCCCAGUAGACAUGCUGCCUCGUUCCAAAGAGCGGCCACUUGUCUUGAGGUCCCAGGUAGAGAGAGAAGAAAUUUGAACUGCGAGGUUCAGAGGCCACAUGGAGGGGGACAGUGUCAUGAUUCCUAAACACUGAAAGAAACCCAGGCUUUUGGCAGAGAAUGUUGAUUUCCGUUUUUAGUCCUGAUGGAUGGCCAGUAUGACUUUUGCAUCCAGCUCAAGUUAUCUUUAAAUGCCCUUACUCGUAGCAGUUUAAGCACUUAGAAUGAGGUGAUCUUAAAUGAUCACUGGCGUUUUAUCCAGCUCCCUAAAGCGUUAGAAAUUACCAUUGAAAAAUGAAAGACUUUUAAAAACAUACAUCAAAUACUCUUGCACCAGAGAUGUUUUUUUUAAAAAAAAAAAACAACAACACUCUCAUAGCCAGGUGCUAAUUUAAUUUUAUUUAAGCAAUUAAGAGAGGUGAUGGGUUCUGGCAACAACUAUUUUCACGGACAUAUUCUAAAACCACUAGAGAAUUCGCUACCUCUCAGAGCCAUUGAUGCUUUGAGCUAUGUUUAUAAACAGGGCACAAAUGUUUACUGCUGUGGUUUACAAGACAAGGGCUACUAACAUUUAAAAACCAACCAACCAACUUUUAACUAGGGUGAACAAAGCACCUUUGAGUGCUUUAUAAAAUUGGAGCAGACAGAGAAUUUGAGCUUCAAGUAUUGCUGGUUUUAAAAAGAAUACACCUUUUCUUUACUCUGUAGCAGCCAAGGAAGGUCACACAAAGUUUGCAUCAAGUAAGGCCAACUGCCACCUUGGGUAGCCUAUGGUCUCAUUCAACCCUGACAGUGACUCGGAACUCAGAUUAACGUGAAGGAAGCCACACCCAUUUGAAGACCAGAUGUCCCCAUCCACAGCUCUGCACCGUGAGGUAGAGAUAAGAUUUGGAUUAAGAAAUAGAUUUCUAAUACGAUUCAAGAUCAUCCUACAAUAUUUUCUUUGCAAACUGGUUUAGCCCAGGAUAUUUUAAAGAGAGACAAGAGAUGGCCUAUUUAUCUUGUCUAUGUGAAUGGUAUUUGUAUAUUCAUAAGCUAUUUUUGGUAAGAAUUUUAAAUCUUUUAGCCGAAGGCCUCCAGGCACCAUGACCUUUGCCUUCCUUGAAAACACCAAUUGUACAAACACUUUAUAGAAGGCUAAUUAUUGAUGUUAAGACGUGAUCCCACAUAAAGCUGCCCGUUAAUCACUUGCCCCCUUAAGCUGACAUCCAUGACCAUAACCUUUGUUACAUUGUUCUUCUGAUGUAAUUUGUAGAAAUGUUUUUUAGUUCAUAUUGGAAAAUGUAUGUACCCUGAAAAAUUACUUAUUUUGUUUAACUUUGGUAUAAAGGUGUUUGGGCAUUUUCUUGGGGAGGGGGGAUUACAAAAGAAGUUUGUCUCCCACAUCAAAAAACGUUAAAAGAAAUUAAGUAUUUAUUAUAUUUUUUGCAGAUGUUUCCAUACAACUCACAUAACCUUUUUGUAAAGAGAGAUGAAGAAAUGGAUUAAAGAUUUUUAAUAUUUGAAAUGGUAAAUAGAACUAAUUUAUUUGUACUAUAUUUCUGUUAUUUAUAGAUGUUUCCUUAAUGUUUUACUGUGCAUUACCACUUUAAUUUAAGCCUUAUCCUUGUGAAUUUACCAUUUCUUUUUUAAAACCUGUCUAGAUGCAUAUUUUAAAUAACUGGAAUGUAAAUCACUAGCAUAUCUGAAUUCCCAAAUGUAAUUUUUAAAAAUUAUUUUGGUUUGGAAAAAAAAAAGAUUCAUUUGAAAGCCUUCAGAUGGAGGGGUGGGGAACAUUUUUAUGGCUUUAUGAAUUGGAAUUUCAUAGGCUUAUCUACCUAGACUGUGUGUGGACAAAAAAAAAUUGUAAAUAGAUGAAUGUUUCCCAUAAUGUAUAAAGAAAUUAAUAAAAUACUUAAUGCACUGCU